GCUCGGAAAGCGGCCGUUGGGGCCGGUCGCAAAAUGGCGGCGUAACCCCGCCCCCUCCGGCUGCGGGCUUGGGUAUGGCGCGGCCGGGCGCCCCACGCCACAAGGUUCUUUCGUCAGGAAGGCUAACAGGAACAGCCAAACUGACAAAUGGAAGAAAACAGAUUGGGUUAAGAAAAGCAUGCCAUUCUGAUGUGGACUCUGGAUAUUCUCUCUACUCGACUGACUCGGAGGAUCAGGUUGCAACUAUAAAUAAUGGGCUUGAUCGUUGUGCAGCUUUACUGCAGGGCAUCUUGCAAAAUGAGGCGACAGGAAAAGAAACUGUAUGUCAGAAACCAGGGAGAGCAACUUCUGUUAAGGCUACUUCUAGACCAUUAGUUACCAGAGGAAAUACUUCAAAAAGGAAAGGACUAAAGAAGAAUCUUUUUGCAGCCCCUGUGCAUAAAGAAGUUGUGCCAGGAUUGAAUAGGAAACUCACCUCAAGUGCCAGACCUGCUGAAAAAGAGGGAGAACUUUCCAGCAGAGUACAAAAUCAGUCUGUUCAGCCAAUUCAUGUGCCUUUCAGUCAGCCCUCUCCUGUGAUGCAUCAAAAACUGUGUGAGCAUGUGCAAACUCAAAUGGCUCUAAUAACGGGUCAGACUUCACAGAGCUAUAAUGGAAUUUCUGCAGUACCUCCUUGUCCCAUGUCAGAUCCUGGAUAUCAAAAUGUUACAGCUUUUAAUUAUCGCUUACCUACCUCAACACCAGCUCUGUCCCCACAACAUUCAGCCAAUCCUUUGACUAUUCAGUCUGGUCUUCCUCCUGAUGGUUGCAACCAGUGUGUAUCACAGAUAGGAGGAACUGUGUUUUUCCCAGGAGUUUCUGCAGCUGCUCCUACAGCCCAGGUGCAGUCUGUCACCACUGGUCCUGGGAUGAUGCCUUGUGUACCUCCAGCCAUGUCAAGUAAUCCCCCAGCACCUCUGUUCCUUCCCUCAUCUGGUAACGAGAUGUUGCCAAGCCAAGGAAACCAGGAACAACGAGCAAAGGAGGCAGACUUGAUAAGAUGCAUACAAGCUCACCUGACUCUGUUACAGCCACAUGAGGCAGAAAAUAACAAGGGUGAUGAGAACCACCAGAAUCUUGGUCCAGCACCAUCCCAAAACUUGGAUCCCAGAGAAGAGGAAACUGCUGCAGAAUACAGUGAGGGCACCACCAGUGAAGAAGAGGACUUGAACAUACUGGAUAUAGCACCAGUAAGAGAUACCAGCUGUCAGACAAGUUUUAAGAAGAAAGUUUUCAAACCUAAAAAAGCAAGCCCAGAAAAAACAGCCCAGAAAGUUAAAACAGUAAAGUAUCUUUUGGGAGAGCUCAAGGCACUGGUGGCAGAUCAAGAUGAUUCAGAAAUGUUGAGGCUGAUAAGUGAAAUUGAUGGCUGCGUGUCAUUGCUGCCAGCAGUAGUUGGAAGUACAAAUGUACAAGCUGAAAUAGCACUUGCUAUACAGCCUCUCAGAAGUGAAAAUGCCCAGUUGCGGAGGAGAGUAAGAAUACUGAACCAGCAGCUCAGGGAACGAGAGCGAGCUGAGAAGGAAUCCAGCCAGGAUUGCCACUUUGAAUUAGUUUCCCUACAAUCCCUGAAUACAACACUCCAGAGUCAACUGAAGGAAUCUCUGAAAGGCCUCGAAUCACUUCAGAAUAAAAAUGAAGAACUCCUUAAAAUAAUAGAAAGCCAGAAAGAAGAAAACAAGCAGUUUGCAAAAAUUAUUCAAGAGAAAGAUAAAGACUUGCUUGAAAAUAAACAGCAGUUUGAUAUUCAAGCUACAAAGCUCAAAAUUGAAGUGGAUGAGGCAUUGGGAAAUGUGAAGAACUUCCAGUUUAAAUUGGAAGCCUCAGAGAGAGAAAAUCAGAUCUUGGGUAUAACGUUACGUCAGCGGGAUGCAGAAGUGAACAGACUGCGUGAACUGACCAGAACUUUGCAGGGCAGCAUGGCCAAGCUUCUCUCUGACCUCACUGUAGACAAUGUGAGACACCGACCAGGUAAAGGUCUUACAAAGUCUCUUCUGGAAGACUAUGAGAAACAGAUGCAAACCAACCCCUUCCCUGUGAGUACUUCGAUAAUGAGUUACCUUAAAAAGUUAGAAACUGAUUGUGUUUGGACAAAUGAGGAACCUCAGUUUUCACAUAAAAUUGGAGAAUUGGAAAUGCUACGGCUAGCCCAUGAAAAGCUUUCUCCUGAUGGGUCCCCUAAAAAAACUACAGUCUUUGGAGAGGAAAUACCAGCCCCAAGGAUUCUACCUCCCCUAUCAAAAGAAGAUGGUGAAACUAUUAGUGAUUCUGGGACUUUAAUAGAGGAAGAGCACAAAGUGGAUGAAACUAUUUAUAUUCCUUUGACCAGCAGUGCCUCUAAAAAACAGCCAUUAGUAACUGAAAAAAGAAUUUGUACCCAGCACCAAGUGAAUGCAGCUUCCAAGAAGUUGGACUACAGCUGUGGGCUCUCUGACUUUAAGAAGCAGAACGACUUUGGGAGUUUGGAUGAUGCAAAGAUUUUUGAUAAGUUCACCGGUGGUUACGAUUUGAAAAAGACUGCAGAAAAUGCAUCUGAGGCCACGAGGAAUUCAACCAGGCUGGAAGGAGAUCGGCUCCAAAUAUGGCCAAAAGAAAUAAUGGUUGGAGCUGCCAAAGGGUUUACAGAUGAGCCAGACAGACCUCAGUCUGACAAACACCCGUACGCUCCUAUGCCACACAACAAAGAAAAUUUUCAGAAAACAGGCAGUGAAAUAUCUGCCGACUCUAGUUUUUCUGUUUUUGAUUGUAUGGCGGGGAAGUCUGAAUGGAGUGUGUCUUCCUUCUCAACAUUUACUUCACGAGAUGAAGAGGACUUUAAAAAUGGGUUAGCAGCCCUGGAUGCCAACAUAGCUAGAUUACAAAGGACUUUGCACAACAGUAUGCUGAAACAAUGACUAUGAGGAAAUUAAAUGAGCUGUACUGGUCCAGAUAAUUUUGCUACUUUUUUAAUAUUUUAAUUAGUACAGUUUUUGGAAUGUCUGUUUUUAUUGCGAUUUAUAUGCAAAUGUUUGGUACCUAACAGAGUUUAAAUUAUGUAUGGAACUUAGUUAAAUAAAUUAAGGUGCUAUGUUUCUUGUAAUCAGUGCAAAUAAUCUUAUUUAAUUGGAGGCACUUUACACUUUACUAUUAGUACUGUCUUGUCUCAUCACUGUAUGUGGUCAUUUUAAAGAAACUUACACUGUGUGGUGUUCUGGCGUGAACUUUUAAUUAAAUGAUGGAUGAAACAUUCUCA